AUGGUGAUAGAUUCCAAACAGGAUCUACCUCAAUAUACCAAAGAUUCAGGUUCAGAAUCGGACUCAGACUCAAGUAAUAAUUUCAUUGUGGAAUCUCCGUCAAUUCCAUCUUCAAAAAGUGCAACCGUAGUUCUCAAUAGUGAAGAGUAUGAGGACGACGAAGGUGAUGACUUGAACGGGCUGGAUGCUGAAUUGAUCGAUAAUAUAACGUAUGAAGGAGAUGAAGAUGAAACUAUGUUUGUGGGGUUGAAAGAAAAACAGAAGUUACAUUUAUCUGGUGUUUUCCGGCUGCAAGUGGUGAAAGGAGGUAUUGUCUACAACAAUGUACACUAUAACGCUUCGAGAGAAAUUUUAACCUUCUGGCACCCGUUAUCACAGUCCAUACCUACUAUAGAUUUUUCGCACUUUGCAGGCUGGCAAGACACUUUUUUUAUGCCGAGAAACAACAGGUUUAAAAUUAGAGAUGAAGAAUUCAAAUCAUUUCCAUGUGUUCUUCGCGUUUUUAAUUCUAAUCAUACGGGCUUGUUAGAAGCAGGUCAUUUAUAUCGGGAUGUUAAUUAUCUAUGGAAACCUAAAGAACCUUACUUUCCAUUAAACGAGAGAACAACGUAUCAUUUAUUACAUGAGUCAGACCGAAUUCAAUCUUUAUCCGUGCCGGGAUAUUGGUCAACUCCGUUAGAGAAGUUAUAUUUGAGUCACAAGAACGCUGCGUAUGAUACAAGAAUCAUGGUGAUUGGUGGUAAAAACUCUGGGAAGUCUACAUUCUUGAGGCUUUUAUUGGAAAAAUUUACGCAAGAUAUACGAGAUUCUACUACGAGCCAGGAAGAAUUGGUAUACCUGGAUUUAGAUCCUGGUCAACCUGAAUACUCACUACCUGAUUCAAUAUCCCUGAAUAAGAUUCUUUCCAGCCCUAUUUCUCUCGGACAACAUCUCUGCCAAGGUUCAAAUUUCCAAACUUUGUUACAGUUCUACGCUGGCUCCUCUUCCCCGCAGGACGAGCCCACAUCAUACCUGAACUGCGCUGAUAAACUUAUAGACCAUUUGGAAGAGCAAGCCUUCUUCGGAACGUCAUUGCUUAAUCUACCUGGGUGGAUAAAAGGAUUCGGGAUGCAGAUUUUAAAUCAUAUAAUAAGGAAAUAUAAGCCCACUCACUUAUUGUUUUUGGAAACAGCUAAUUCGAAAAGACACCUGGAUGAACUAACAAUUCCACAGAGUUUUUCCACAUCACUACGAGAUGCAUAUGCACCUGAAGUUGUUCGCGUUCCAGCCCAUAGUCUGAACCACACCUUAUCUUCUAGGUUCCAUGCAUCACAACUGAGAACAUUCAAAAUACUGGCACUGUUUCAUAAAAUAACUCAAUUUGAUUAUGAUUUUGCGCCUCUUUUAAAAUCUGCACCUUUGCAAAUUUCAUAUGGCAAAGGUAAAAGCGGUAUUAAAGGCAUUCAAUUUCCUAUGGAAUUCCAGGAUCUGAAUCCUCAAGAUAUCAAGUCCGCAUUGGAAGGUACUGUCAUUGGGAUAUAUACAUAUUCUGGAGAAGACUCACUAGAGGUGAAAUCCUUGAAUACCUUUCCCAUCCUACAAUCGUGUACUUCUUCUUCUAAAAAUUUCAUAACUCUGGGGCUGAUACACUCUAUUGACACCUCCCAGCAAAUAAUGAACAUUUACGUGCCACCUUGCCAUACCCAGAUUUUAGAUAAACAACCUGAGGAUGCUCAAUGGAUAAUAGUAAGAAAUAAGACGGAAACUCCUUUUUGUGACUUUCUUCCAUCCCCCCGCACAAUUACAUGGGAUGAUAAUAUACAAAUACCGUUCGCAACUUUUGAAAGAAGGAAAAAAUUGGAACAUGUGUGGAAAGUUCGUAAGAACGUCAUGAGACGUGGCCAAUUCAUGAAAAGAUAG